UCCUUCAUCUUCCUCCUAGAGCUCAAGCGCUGCGGCAUGGCGCGCGGCUGCCUGCAGGGCCUCAAGUACCUCAUGUUCGCCUUCAACCUGCUCUUCUGGCUGGGCGGCUGCGGCAUCCUGGGGGUGGGCAUCUGGCUGGCUGCCACGCAGGGCAACUUCGCCACCCUGUCCUCGUCCUUCCCGUCGCUGUCGGCCGCCAACCUGCUCAUGGUGGCGGGCGCCUUCGCCAUGGCCAUCGGCUUCGUGGGCUGCGUCGGGGCCAUCCGGGAGCACAAGUGCCUGCUGAUGAGCUUCUUCGUGCUGCUGCUGCUGGUGCUGCUGCUGGAAGUGACGGCCGCCAUCCUCUUCUUCGCCUACACAGAGCAGAUUGACAGGUAUGCGCAGCGGGACCUCAAGAAGGGGCUGCACCUGUAUGACACCCCAGGCAAUGUGGGGCUCACCAACGCCUGGAGUAUCAUCCAGACCGAUUUCCGCUGCUGCGGCGUCUCCAACUACACCGACUGGUUUGAGGUCUACAACGCCUCCCGUGUACCGGACUCCUGCUGCCUCGAGUUCAGCGAGAGCUGCGGACUGCAUGCGCCCGGCACGUGGUGGAAAGCGCCCUGCUAUGAGACGGUGAAGCUGUGGCUGCAGGAGAACCUGCUGGCUGUGGGUGUCUUCGGGCUGUGCACGGCGCUGGUGCAGAUCCUGGGCCUGACCUUCGCCAUGACCAUGUACUGCCAGGUGCUGAAGGCCGACACCUACUGUGCAUAGGGCCCCCCACUCCGGUGCUGCAGGCGGUCUGAGUUCCGUCACCCACAUUCCAUGAAGGGAGGAGGCGGGGGGGGGGUUCAUGCUUCUUAAUAAAGUGCCAGAGAAAUGGCCCCCAAGCUGGCACCACCCUCCCCCUCUCUGCCAGAGUCACAGAUACUCUGUUUACAAUUCAAUCAAGGCCCAAGAGGGGCCGUAGUGACAGCACAGCAGGGAGGGCGCCUGUUCGCCUUGCAUCAGCUGGCCCAGGUUCGAUCCCUGGCAUCCCAGUGAGUUUCCCGAGUCUGGCGGGAAUGAUUCCUGAGCACAGAGGCAGGGGGAACCCCUGAGCGCCACCGGGUGUGGCCCCAAGACCAAAUAAAUAAAUAAAU